UGUCCUUAUCAAGAAAACUGUCCCCGAUGGCAAUGAGGCAAAGGCCACGAACUUGGUCAGGCAUUUGACGAGUGAAGCAGUUGGAGUUCGCUCUCUAGAACGUCUGUUUGAUGUUCCACUAGAUGUCAUAAGCCUCGAAGUACCAGUGUGUGAUGCAGUUAUUUUACACCGCUCUUGGCAGGCCAAAUUUCGUCCUGAUCACCUUCCCCUGAGAGAACUACAGAAUCAAGCUCCUACAACAUACAGAGUCAAGUGGAAUCAGAUUCCAAGAUCAAUUAUCCGACAGCUGGAAGAGGGGAAGUGGCUUGGUAAAUCUGAUCGUUGCUUAAUGAUACGAUUGAUUGUUAAAGAUGUGCUGUCAGAAGACCCAAAUGCUGCAAGGACAAUGUUUACUAAAGUUGCUGAAAGUAUGGUUUUAAAGUAUCCUCAUGCUUUGCAUGAUCGCAAUCGUAGUUUGACCAGUUGCAAAUACAUGGAUCAGAAGCUGAAAUUCAGAUACGAUGAAGAAAUGAGGGCUUUCAAAGUUAAAUCUAGUAAUGAGGCGCCAAAUAAUUCCAGAGGCACAUGGCUGUGCGCGUUGGCGUGUUAAAAUUACUCCUGAGAAAAGAAUUGAGAUGGAAAACAGUAAAUUAGUUAUGUCUCAAAUAUUUCGCAAUACUCUUGCAAAAGAUUGGCCCUGGGAGAAAAUUGACAAACGUAUCCUUGAUACAUUCCCUCUGCAACGAGAAGAUAUAAAUGGACAAACCAAGCCGAGAGCUAGAAGAGCCCGUGGAGCAGGUGGAGCAGGUGGAGCAAGCCAUACUGGUCAAGCAGGAGGUUCGGGAGCAGGCCCAACAGGGCAAUCGGGAAGAUCUGGGCAAACAGAAGGAUCAGGCCAAACAGGGCAGGCAGGAACUUCAGGAGCAGGGCAAGCAGGAACGUCAGGAGCAGGGCAAGCAGGUCAGCAGGCUACAGAAACAGGUCAAGAAAACAGGAAGACAACUCAGCAGCUUUCCACUGAAUGGCCAUUCCUGUUUCGAGGCAGAGGCAUGCUUACUCAUUUCAACGAACUUACCCAAAUUAAUUGGCUGGAGAAGCUCGAUGAGUUUCAAGACGACUUUGAACCUUAUUCUUUCAUCAAGUUCUUGUCAACCUUGAAGGAGCUUGAGAGCAGUUCAACAAGAAGGAAGUAUAAGAGGGCUGUAAAAAACAAAACAUGCAAAUAUCCUAAGAUUGUAGCAACAGUGCUUAUGCUUGCCCAAUUUUACAAGGAAGACGAGUCAGAAAGUGUUAUUGAAAUUGAGAAAACAACAAAAAUUAAUGAAGUGCAGGACAUUGAUGGGCUUGUACUGCCACCAACACCCUGCUUGCUGUCUUUGGGUCCUGUUUUUGAAGCAAAGGGAUUUUUCUUUUCAAUUGACAGCAAUGUUGUGAGCUCUGCCAAGUCCUUCAAAGAAGGGCUAACACUGCUGUUUUGCUCAUACUUCGUGAUGAAUAUUAAGUAUGCUCCACACGCUGGCAAUACAUUGGACUUUCUCCAGAGAGUUGUGGCAAAAAUUGAACCUGAGCGGGGGACUAAAAUGUCAAAGAAAAACUACAAACAGCCUCUUUCUGAGCGCCUCCAGACCCUGCUAGACAGGUAUGCCAAUUGGGAGAAAGCACAGCAAACGGAGCAGGACCAAGAGCAAGAAGACCAGAAUGCUGAUGAUUUCUCCAAUUCAGGAAAUGAUGGCAACACCUCUAGUACCUCAGAAUAGAUCAUUUGCGUUACUCGUCAUCCCAGAAUUUAUCAAAAUAUGUUGUUUUGUUUUAACUUGUUGAUUGUUCAUAUAAUUUUAUGACAUGUUUAUGAUGA